AUGAAGACUUCAAAAUUUGUGGAAUUGAGACCAAAACGCGAAUAUUUGAACCCAAAGUUUGAGAAUUAUGUGUUGUCGACAAGGAAAUGUGAAGUUAGAAGACUUCAAAUUGAGUCUCGUAGGUUUUUUCAUUGAAAGUUCAAUGGUUAUCCUUGGCGUUUUGCUAUGAUAUGUCUGCUUUUUACGAUAAAAUUGCUUUUUUUAAUUAAAAAUUAUGUUUUUUAUACGAAUUUAGUUAGUUUUUAAAGUUUAAUAGGAUAUAAAGUAUGUAGAAAUAACAUUUCAUUGUCUAAAAAUUAUGUUUUAAGUACGUUUUUGGUCAAAAAGUGAAUAGCAUUGCUCUUAAAAUUUAAAAUCUGCUUUUAAAAUUCAAAAUUAGCUAUUUAUUCUUAAUUUCAGCCAAGAAGUUCAGCUUGUCCAAGACCCAAUAUGGUCUACAACAUGCGUUAGUUACAGCCAAUGUUGAUAGAUUAAUCAGAGAUUCGUUCACAACAUCCAGAGAUCAGUUAUAUUACUUUGCGGAGCAAGGAACUUUGAUUAAAAUGGAGUAUAGCUCAAGAGUAAGUUGGGAAUAGUAAGGUGUUAUAUUGUCAUAUAUAGAUAUAGUAAGAUGAUAUAGCGUCAUAGGCAGGGCCGGGCGCGAGGGGGGGUGGGGACGGGGGGGGUACCCCUCCCCCCCCAGAAAAAAGAAUUUCGAAAAAAUUUGAACGUGGUCCCUCCUGUGGAUUUUUGGACCCCUGCCCCCAGACCAAAAGUCCCCACCCGGCCCUGGUCAUAGGUAUAAUAAGCUUAAUAAUAUAGUCUUAUCUUCUAUAACAUGUUGCUAGAGAUGUUUUUAAGUAUGAGAUAUGAUUGAUAGUGCCUUGAGGUAUUUGCAACACAAUUUAUUAUACUAUGGAUUAAUAUUAAGGCUCUAGAAAAGUCUUGUCGUUUUUUAACUAAGAUUUCCACGUUGAAUUGCGACAAGAUUUUUCUUGGUAUUUUAUCAUAAGAAUGUAAUGUUUUUCAAAUAAUUCUUUGCUUCCUUUUACAAUCAAAGCGUUUUUUGGGUUAGGGGCACAGAAUUAUUUGAACAACCUAUAAUAAUAUUUUUAAUCCUGUAAUACUUAACUUACUAAAAGCAUCAUUUUAUAUCAAUAUUUGGUCGUUCCAGAUCGGCACAGUCAAGUACAGUGAGCCAGUAGCUUCAAUAACGUACACAGAAUCUGAAAAUUCAUACCCGCCAAGUCUAGUCUUCCCAGACCUCGACUACGCAGUAAUAUCAAACGGUUCUGGCCAACUGUUUAUCUACAAAACUCAACAAAGAGCAGAAAACUUGGAAUGGAGUCUAGUAUACGAAAUGAAAACAGAGGAAAACGAAGAAUCAACAGCAUAUGUUGUAGUAGAUGCAAGAUCCAUGGAACAGAACAAGUUAUCGGUGUUGUUGCAAACAGUGAACAAGUAUUGUAGCUCUUCGCACUUUUAUUCAAGCUUGCUUUGGCUGGAUUUGGAUCUGGAUGUGAGUAAUGUGGUCAGAAGGAGAGAGGUGAAGUACACUGGUAAGGAAAGGCUAUGUUUUGGGGGAAAAGUAGGGUUUUUAUUGUUAAAAGGUAUUUAAAAAGGAGAUAAUGAUGUCUUUUUAAACUGGAAAAGGCAUUUUUUAACUAAAGGUUGCUGUUUUUUGCUUUUUAUUACUUAAAAACUAAGUUUUGAGGCCUUUUUUUUGGUAUAAACAUAUUGUUUUAGGUCUUUUUAGACUUAUAAUAAGUUUGUUUUUGAUUUUUCUUUAGGUUCCUUUAUUUAAAAGUUAUGUUGUAAGUCUUCCUUGAGCUUUUUUAUCUAACUAAAACAUGUUAUUUUAGGUCUCUUUUUAGCUUUCUUUUAUUGAAAUAUGUUGUUUUAGGUCUUCUUUGAGCUUUUCCUUUUAUCAAAAUAUGUUGUUUUAGGUUUUGUUUGAGCUUUCUUUUGUUGAAAUACGCUGUUUUAGGUCUUUUUCGGGCUUUUUUUAUUUGAAAAUGUUGUUUUAGGUUUACCUUUUUUAUUUAAAGAGGCUAUAUUAACAAAUUCUUGCCCAAUAUUUCAAACUUCAGGCGUUCUAAAAAUGGCCACUCUCAACUACAAUGCCACUGAACUAAUAACCGUCGGCUCGGGCAAAGCCAAACUCACAUCGGACACAGAGAAACAGAACCUAUCACAAGUUGAAGACGUCGAAAUGGCUGAACCAGAAAAGCCAGCCUAUGUCUGGACUCAAAAUGCAGAAGAAAUCACUAUAACGUUCGCUUUGGGAGAGCACAUUGAUAAGAAAGACGUGAACUACAAACUUAAUUCAGCUGGAAUCACGGUGAAAGUAAAGGACAGAACGUUGUUGGAAGGAGCGUUGGAGGGAGCAGUUCAUGCUGAUUCAUCGGUCUGGACUAUUGGAGGGGAGAGGUAAGAUAUUGGGGGGAGUAGACAUGAGGAACGGACCGGGCCUGAAUGUGAAAGGCGUUUCUAAAAUACAUACAAAUUGGUUUUAAAAAUUAUUUUUUAAAUCUACAUUCACUAAAAAUCAACUUUUCAGCCUAGAACUAACCGUAUUCAAAGCCCGAGGCCACUUCUGGCGAACACUCGUCCCAACUGACAGUCGAGGCGUCUACGAACCAGACCCAUACGAAGUCAGCAAAGCCCUCGAAUCCUUGGAGAAGUUCACCACAGAUUCCCAAGCCCUCUCUUCAUCAGAAGCCGAACAGUCCACCUUCAAUGUGGAGCAAAUGGAAGAAUGCGACGCGACAGAAGACCAACCAACCUUUAUUCAUUGGCUACAAGGCGACUCACAUGAACUCACACAGACGGUCGAUAUCAGCAACCAACAGAUAUUGUUCCAAACCAGGCUACAACCAGGAGGCCCAAAAAAUUUGUGUACGAGAUACGAACACGAUGGCAUAGUAUGGUCGGUGGAUGAGCUGGAUCUGGGGGAUGGGGAAAGAAUUGGACAUAAGUUCACGUUGAAUGCGUUUGGAUACAUUCAGGUGGGUUGAGAGGGUAGGGAGGGUGUUGUAGUAGGGAGGAAUGUAAGGUUUUGGGGUGGUCUUGAGGAAAAAUGGCGAGAAAAAUGGGUUUUAUUAUGUUGUCGUAGGUUGUUAAAAUAAUUAUGUGCCUCUGAAUUUGAAAAUUUGCUUUGAGAGGGGGCAGAGAAUUAUUUGAACAACAUAAUAUUAAGGAUUAGUUUUAGUUUUUGGCUUGUAAGAAGGGGGAAAUGGCUUAAAACAUUGAUUUUAGUAUAUUAUAGUAGGUGAAAUUCGUAGUUUUUAACGUUUCUUCUCUAACAAAGUCAAUUUUUUGUUGAUUUUAAGGAAGAGAAAUGACUUUUUAGUAAGACAAAGUUUAAAAAGUACUGUUUUGGGCUAUUUUUUUUGAUAUUAAAAGGUUUAAAAAUUACUUGGUUUGGGCUAAAAUGGAGUAAAAAUGGGAGUUUUCAGAAUAUUGUAGUAGAAUCUUCGAAGUGUUUUGCCGUUUUUAUGGAUAUCAUGCUAGAAAAAUAUAGUUUUGUGAAUUUUAGAUUAGAAAAAUAUAGUUUUUGUUUAUUUCCAGGCUUCACAUUCAAAUAAAAUCUCUUCAAACUGUGCCCAAGAUGGUAACUUUGCCUUUGUUGUUCAUGGUGACCAUCAUCUCUUCGUCUACCUUCAAAACGUCCCAGUUGGAGGUGGUAAGUGCUCAUAGGCUUUUACUGUCAAUUUAUAUUUCAAAUUUACGAAUGAUUUUAAGUUUUAGUUUAGUCUUGUUUUAACUAUAACAAAUGCAUGAUUUCGAUAUUGUUCUAGAUUGGUUAUACAUGAUCUUUUUAACAGUAUACUGUAUUGACUCUAGCUAAAGUUUACUCUCUAAAGCAUAUAUAGAGAAGAUAAGCCAAUUCUUUUCAGAUACCGUACUGAAGAAUCGAAAAACCGGCAAAACGUGCCAAACCUAUGCAGAACAACUUGUCAUCAGCACAUCGUCGGUGAUGAAACCGACCGAUGGUAAAAACAUACUUGGUGUAGCACACUCGAACUCGAGUUUGUACGUUAUGACGGAUGAUGCUAUUAUAGCAUGUCAGAUUCGAACAGAGGACUAG